AUGAAAAUCAACGCUUCGGUGCUCUACUUGGCAUCAUUAGCAACAGCGAAAAUACUACAAGACGUUGCUCAAGUAGGACAUCACAUCGCCGAGAGAGCUGAAGUCGCCAAACUCGACGAAAAAUGCCCUCACUGCAAGACAGUCACCAUCACAAGCAACACAGCCAUCUGCUAUCCGACUUCUCCUCUUCUCCCUCCGCCAUCAAGUACUUGUGAAUCCGACAUAUCUGGGGCUGGUGGCGCUGCAACUGCAGGCUCUGGCGGCUCUGGAGGUUCUGCAAACGGUCUACCAUCAGGGCCAGGCAAUAGUCUGAGCUCUGGCUUCGGCGCAACUCCAGCAGGAAGUCUUUCAGGCCAGCAAACACCCAGUAUUAGUGGUAUUGGUGGCCCUUCCGGAACUGGAGGAGGCCCAGGCUCUCCCUCCAUCUCCGGCCUGCCAGGCCAAGGCAAUGGUGCUGGAGGAAGCUCCGGUGGACCAGGCUCACCCACGAACUCAGGGCUCAAUCCUCCAGGUGGUGUCAGCAGCCCUGGAGCCUCUGCCAGCGGCGGUGGUGCUGGUGGUGCCGGUGGAUCGCCAGGCGUCUCUCCUGGCCCAUCUGGAUCAAACGGCGCCGGCGGCGGAGGGGGUCCUGCCAGUCCGAGUCCCACUCCAAGUGGAGGCUCUGGGAGCACCGGACUUCCACCUCGACUGAAGUUCCUCAUCGCAUUCAGCCAACCUCUCAAUCCGGGCGCGCGCUCCACAAGUGGAUUCGCAAGUCGCAAUGGCUCGCAGGAUGAUUGCAAGACUUCUACUGGCUACCAAUUGAACUCAGAUGGUAUCCUAUCAGUCUACAAUCGAGACGACUUGGUCUACUCAGCCACGACCGGUGUUGCUUCGGCGGUGUUCACACCUUCCACUAGCCCCGGUGAUAUCACGACGUUCUGGGGAAUCAACAACGGCACUUUGGAAUGGAGAAAUGCAGAGUUCUUGGGCAAUCUCGCCGUCUUCUGCACAUUUCCUACCAGCGACGAUAUCACUACCUACUUCACCGUUGCCCCACCGAGCGAGUGUACGAGGGUAUACCUCACGGCUGAGCCAGCGGCUGCAUGUCCAGGAUACAUCGGCGAUCCCGAAUCACAAACCGAACUAGGCCCCCAAGCUUCAUCUGGCGGUGCAUCCGUCCCCGCUACACCUAUCAUCACCAGUCCCUCUGGCCCAAGUGGAGAGCCGUCAGCAGGCGCAUCUAUAUCCGACAAUGGCCCGCCCGCUUCGGGCUCUGAUAAUGGCGCUCCUGGUCCCAGCGAGAGUCCAUCUGCUUCUGUUCCUGGUGCUGGCGCAGCAUCUCCAGGGGUCUCAGGAUCAAGUACAAGUGGAUCAAGUACAGCCUCAACAGCAUCAUCGGCGUCGGCAACACCGACUUUCUCUACCAAUUACACUUGUGACCUUGGUACAGCUUUCAAUCAAUUCUACAACGGUACUGGGAAGCGCCUACCAAUCAAUAACCCAGCCGCUUGGGAUAGUAAUAUCUAUCCUCGCAUCACGCAGACCAUCGACGCUUCACAGACCUUCUGCCAGGCCCGAACAAGUUGUGAGAAUGCUGCGGUUACUAACUCCUACCUCACAUAUGAAGUAGCAUUCGACUAUAGCGUUCCAGCUUGGCAAUGCGCCAUCUACCAUUCAACCUUAAACGACAGUUCCUAUGUCACCGACCUGUCAUCAAACUACGGGCACGGCGAAGCCUACUAUGGCCUGCCCAACUGCACGGUCCGAAACUUCAAGCAAUUCUACCAAGGCUUCGGCACCCGUCUCGUCGACAACAAUCCUGGAAACGACAACUACGCGGUCUGGCCAAGCCCGCUGAGCUUCGACUACCCACUCGAAAGCUACGACAACUGCUCUUUCGUGACUGAAUGCCGGCGUCGCACCCGCUUCUACAACUAUCACAUGUUCGACAUCACCGCCGACUACUCAACGCACACGUGGCGCUGUCUGCUGUGGCACAACCAGCUCAACGCCUCGAACUACCAGCCCUGGACACAGUCAACAGGCUUCAAGAACUCCCCCGGUCGGUUCUACUCCUUCCCGGUCACCGACCCCUCGGUGUGCAACAGCCGCUUCUCCCUCCUUAACAACGGCACGGGGCUGCGCUUGCUCGACAGCAAUCCCGCAAACGACCAACCAGGCACGUAUCCGCCGCUCAACUCCGUCAUCACCGCAGCCACAGCCAACAACAAUCCCUGCACUGCGAUCGAUUUGUGCAGUCAAGUUGGGCAGAACCAGUGCCCGCCGUAUCAUACUCUCUACUUGAAUGUGCUGUCGAAUGGCAAUUUCAACUGCACGGUCUAUCACGGCGAUCUCACCAGCACUGGAGGCGGCAGUUAUUUCACCGCGGAUAGUAGUAUUGGGCAGUUCUACACUUAUCACAAUUCGACCUAUCCGGAUAAUUAUCCUGUGUGUCCAUAG